AGUGUCUAGUUUUCACUCGGCUGGUGAUCCAUUCCGCUUACUGGCGAGUCUCGGAGCAUCACGAAAAGAUAAGGCCAUAGAGGAUUGCGUCAUCCGAGAGAAGAAACGGAGGUCGAGUCUCUUUUUCCUCAGUCGAUGGCGAGACUUGCCGGCGGGCAGACGUCUUCGCUCCUCCUCCCUCCCUCCCCUGUGGACGCUCAAUCAUGUGCUAAGCCAUACACACCAUGACCGUUGUGACGAGGACACCUUCUGAAUCGUACAUUAGAUAGUGAAGAGUAAGAAAAAAAUAAAAUAAUAACAAUGAAUCGCUCCAAGAAGUAUACCAACCCGUUCGCUGGGGUUCGCUACGAGCACCUGGUGGCUGGCGUGUCGGGGGGGGUGGCCUCCACGCUCAUCCUGCACCCUCUGGACCUCCUCAAGAUCAGAUUUGCAGUCAGUGAUAGUUCAGCCACGGCGACGAAGCCUCAUUACACUGGACUGACUCAGGCUCUAGGUCAGAUCUUGAGACACGAGGGGAUCAAAGGAUUGUAUAGAGGAGUCACGCCUAAUGUCUGGGGUGCAGGAUCUGCCUGGGGCCUCUACUUCUUGUUGAUAUUUGAAGAUUUGGCUGAACACAGUGUAAUUAUCGGGAGUGUUAUAGGCUUUGGUGAUGGUGGUGGCACGAGGAGGUGGCAGUUUUAUUUUAGGGCCAUAGUUCUGACACCUCCUGGCAGUGACUUCGAAAAAAAGAGUAGGAAGAUGCAGUCAGAGCUGCGCAGUUUGGAGCCACGCACACACCCCUCGCGACAGCCAAUCACAGGCCGCGGCGCCACCUACGUCAUCGCCAUGUGA